UGAAACAAGAAUUUAUGUGCGUAUAUAUAUAUAGGGAAGCAUAAUAACUCGCAGCGUAAACGAGGCGUUCUAUCGUCCACCGAAUUAUCGCUAUCUCUGCGCGCAACUCGGAGAGAGAAAGAGAGCGAGUAGUGACGAUGACAAUGUCAACACUGAAGUGGAUAUAAGAGUUGUGGACGUCUCGACGUUCAGUGCGCUACUGUUUUUCUCUCCGCGCGGUCGUGCACAGCUGAAGUUUGAGCUUGAAAUGUGAAGAGGUGAGUUAGAAACUGAACGACUAUUUUCAAUCGCCCCUCGAUAAAUCUGCACUAAUCGCUUUUUGAGCGUCAAACUAUAGGAGAGAGAGAGAGAGAAAAUUCACGCGCACCUGACCGCAGAGCCUAUAUAUAAGCGAUUAGCACCUGAUCAAACGGGAUUUGUAUAAAAUUUACAAUUUUUUUUUUAUCCUCCCAGUGCAUCUGUAUAUAUAUAGCCAUGGCCGUCGGAAAAUGCGAAAAAUCAUCGAGUCGUGUGAAAAUUAACAAAUUGACAAAAAAAUAUGCGACGUUUAAUAGCAGACGAGGAAAAAAAAUGUCGCUUUCAAUGAUCGAAUUCAAAUGCCCGUUGAAAAUCCUUCAGAAUAAUCAAUCGUAUAAGGUCAACGUUCAGCAAAACUAUAUUUAUACCAAUACUAAAUUUAAAAUCCGAAUCCUUGACCCGCACGACCGCAUCGAUUAAUUGGGCAAAAAUUCAUCUCCCGUCAUUCAUAAAACGCGCACACACACACACACAAGCUUCUAAAACAGCCGCCCCACCAUUGCGCUCUUAUGCGCGUUACGAAACUGGGGCUGACACACGACAUAUAUACUGCACGCGAGCCAAAAGCCAAUUCGCUACUCCUAUAUAACACACUGGCGCUACUAUAUACUCUCUGCAGCCUUAUAUAACGCGCCGCGUGCGGGAGCCGGCCUAUGCACACGUCUGCCGACUAUCGGCCGCGGCGUCGAGAGCCUGUCGCCGACCCGGCAAAACACCCCGUGCAAGUGUGAUCGCUUUGCGUCGUCCAAGAGAGAGAAUUUUAUUAGCCCACGUGUAUUUUUAGCCCGAGAGUCGCGCAGGAGGUGUGUCUCUGUGUGUGUGUGUGUGUGUGUGUACAUCCGAGUAAAUUAUCUUUCUUUCUAAUAUUAUAUCCUAUCUCUCUCUCUCUCUCUCUCAUGUGCGCAGCGUUAUCUAACGAUUCCGUUGCGGCGUUCUCGGAUAAUUACACUCGAGUGCGACGCGUGUGCAGCGUUUUUAUUUAUGCCUGUGCGUGCGUAACGAGCUUCGCCGUUCCGUGCGUGUGUCCAAAAAAAUUCUAUCUCUAAAUCACGUGACAGUUUUUGGAAAAAAAAGCAAGGGCCUAACGCAGUUAGAAUAAACAUGCUUUGGUAAUACAUCAUCCUCCCCUAGCCGCAUGCGCUGCAAAAAAUCAUCAACCGCUUCGCAGUAGGCAUAACGAUGAACGCGACGACGUACGAGGGCUACGCCGACCUAAUCGGCGGCCUCAAGCACGCGGGUAUGCUCCUCUACAUCGUCAACCCCUACGAGACGACCUUCGAGCGUCUCGAGGACGUGCCCGACUACCACCUGCAGGUCUGGUUCCCGUUCUUCCUGCUCAUCGCCCUGGAGAACGCGAUCCUCUACGCGAAGAAGCCCAGCAGCUUCCGACUGAACGACCACGUGUCGUCCCUGUCGCACUGGAUCAUGCAAGAAACUGGACGAGUCGCGUUUCGAGGGGCCGAGUACUACGCCUACAUCGUCAUCUACGAGAAGUUCCGUCUGUCGAGUCUAACCUGGGAUUCGCCCUGGACGUGGUACAUGACCGCCGUAGCCGUGGACUUUUGCUACUACUGGGUUCACCGAGCCAACCACGAGGUGCUCUUCCUCUGGGCCCACCACCAGGUCCACCACAGCAGCGAGGAAUUCAAUCUGGUCGUCGGGCUGAGGCAGUCGGUUCUGCAACAGUGGUGCAGCUUCAUGUUCUACCUUCCACUGGCCUUCUUCAUCCCGCCGUCGCACUUUGUCGCUCAUCACCAAUUCAACUUGAUUUAUCAACUCUGGAUCCACACGACGGUCAUCAACGACCUUGGCCCGCUUGAGUGGAUCUUCAACACGCCGAAGCAUCAUCGGGUGCAUCAUGGUUGCAACAUCUACUGCCUCGACACGAAUUACGGGGGAGUCCUGAUAGUCUGGGACAGGAUCUUCGGCACCUUCGCGCAGGAACGUGCAAAGGAGGAGAUCAUCUACGGCCUGGUGGUCAGUCCGCAGAGCUACAACCCGCUCUAUCUGCAGGUGUUCUACGCGCUGGCGAUGAUCGGCCGGAGUCUGGACAUGGGAAAUCUGAGAGACCGGCUGGCCGUCUACUGGAAGGGUCCGAGCUGGCAACCUGGCCUCCCGCGACUCGGCCUCGACGAGUUCAAAGUGAACGUCACCUCGCGGGUUAAGUACAAUCCGCAGCUGCCGACUUGGCAGAGCUGUUACAUAGUCCUCCACUUCUGCCUCGUGCUCUACACUCAUUGUCAGCUGUACGAUGAAAAAACUCAGUUCUCGCAGGAGCUGCACGGUAUCUCGUCGACGGCCAUGGUGAUCAACAACGUCUGCGCCCUGACGACUCUGGGUUUGCUCUUCGAUCGUUCCAAGUUCGCCGGUCUCCUGGAACUGACGAGGUGUCUCUGCUAUCUCUACUUCUUCCGCUACAACCUCAUCACCAGCAGUACCAGUCGAUCGUUGUUCGCUCUGCCCUUCAUCACCCACUUUUACGUUGCCUCUUGCUGUCUCUGGAUCUACGACAUCCUCCGUAUCGCCGCCACCAGGUAGUACAGGAUCAGCUGGUGGUGUGUUCAAUAAGAGAGACCCAAAGGACUGAGCUGAAAUCCGUCGAGCUGAAUGCGGUUGCGUAACGACGACUUUUAUGUAUAGGUAAUUCAUUUAUGCGUCAGGUGUAUGUUGACUUUGUUGAAGCGUUAGAUAAUGUGCAUGUGUAUAAUUUUGAUGAGCCGAUGUGUGUGUGUGUGUGUGUGUGUGUGUGUGUGUGUGUAUAGUGUAUACCCUUUUUCGUAUUUAUUCGCAGAUUUACCUAGCUAUAACCUGAUGCAACAAACGUACAAACAAAGAAAAGCCGUAAUAUUUUAAAAUGCGUUUUCACACGCAGUGCCAGUAUAUACAUACAAACGAUUUUAACUCGAUCUUAGAUAUACCUGCGUAUACGGGCUUUAAUAACGUUUACAUUCAAUAUUCUUCUUCUUAUGUAGGUAUACGUAACUUUAAAGAAAAAAGAGCACAACACUCAUUCAUAAUCCUCUAGUCUUACACAAUUAAUUUAAGCUAUACUCGAACUUUUUAUCAGCGUUACAUAUAUACGCAUGGUAGGCCUCCGCGAGUACAACACGUAACUCCUUGUAUUACUAUUGUUAUUAUCAUCCUCAUCGGAAUUAUGUAAACGAUGAUAAUCAGUCGUUCUAGAUUUUCUUAUCGAGCGCGCGUGCAUUGCAAACUUUUCGAGUCCUUGCAUUCGUCUAUAUCUAUAUGUAAACAGCCGCGAUAAUACGCUGAAUCGAAAUUCGUCCGUGAACCGAAAAUUCGCAUUGUUUUGAGAAAAACUUUCGCUCGUGACUGGACGUAGCGGUUUGUCUAUCGUUCGACCUAUUUAGUUUUUACCGCAUGCGCCCCCACAAUGUAUGUGCCUUACGCAACGAUGCGUUUUUGAGAAAUAUUAACGAGGGCAUGUGUGAAACAUUAUCGUAUUUGUUUAUUCGUAGAUGAUUAGUUCGAUUGUAUUCUGUAUUAUUAAGUCGUUGUGUUUCUUAUACUGUAGACGUUAUGAUUAAGUAAGUAUAUACAUAUGAUGUGUAGUUAAGUUUGUACGAUUAUUGUACAGACGUAAUGCGUGCAGUAUAUUUUAUAUGUAGACGGUCAGUUGAUCGAUGUAUAGGAGGUACGAUAAAUAAAUGAGAGUACGGCGACUUUUUGAAAUGCUUAUAAAA